AAAUUUAAGCAGAGAUAUCGACAAGACCAACACAGUAAUAGCAUCCACCAUGUCUGACCAAACUUCAUCUGCCAACACUAUUACUAUUUCAUCCAGUGUAUUAUUGUCUUUGAUUAGACACACUUCUGAAAACUACCCAUCAUUAUUCUCAGGAGCCUUGUUAGGGUUUGAAGAUGAUAACGGAGUUAUAGAUGUCACUCACGGGUUCCCAUUUCCAUACCCUGACCAAUACGAAGGAGGCUCCUUAAAGUCUAGAAGUGGUGCCCAAUACCAAAAGGAUAUUUUGGAAAAUUUCAAGAAGUUGGGUUAUGGAAUUGAAUUCCAAGGUUGGUUUCAAUCCACCAUAUCUGGUAACUUUGUAACCAGUCAGUUGGUUGAAGCUUUGGCCCAGCAACAAUUAGCCAAUGCCAACUCUUUUAUUAUUAUCCACGAUAUGUCCAGUAUUGGCAAGGAGGUCUCUUUGAAGGCUUUAAGAUUAUCUCAAGGUUUUAUGACCGCUUACCAAGAUGGUAAAUGGAAAUCUAAGGAUUUAGAACAUCUCAAAUUAUCUUAUUUCAACAUAUUUGACGAAUUGAAUGUUGAAGUCAAGAACCAAGCCUUGGUCAACUUAUACUUGGCCAACUUGAAGUCUACUGAACCAGAAUUAGACAUUCUUAACCUUGCUUCCCACCAAACUUCCACUGGUCAAUUAUUAGAAUCAUUAUAUAGUCAAAUUGAUUCAUUCAACUAUGAUCAAAACAACUUCAACUAUUACCAAAGACAAUUACAAAAGGAACAAUCCAAAAUUAACCAAUGGAAACAACAAAGAAAGUUGGAAAAUCUCGAAAGAGUCAAGAAGGGUGAUAAGGAGUUGGAUACCGAAGAAUGGAAAACUUUAUUUAGAUUACCUAAUGAACCAUCCAGAUUCAACAAUAUGUUGCAUAGUCAUGCCAUUGAUGUAUUGGCUGAUGAUAUUUUAAAGAAGUGUGAUGAAGAAUUAACCAAGAGUUCAGUUAUUGAAAGAAAGUUGACCUUAGCUUAGUUUAAUUGUGUAAUAUAGCAGCAGUUUAUUUGUGGAGUAUGGACUUUGUAGGAGUUGUAAUGCCGUGCUUAGUAUUGGGUAUGUAGAAACUCACGUGAUGCGCAUCACACGACUUCAAUUCACAUGACUCACUGAUUUGCUAAUUUACGAAUAU